AUGAGGAAGAUCACCCCGUCCAAGCCUAGUUUCGAUCUCAACACAGCUAUCUCAGCUGCGGAAUCCUCGUUUGGUGGGAAGCACAACGGCCAUCCCGCUUCAGUCAAAUAUGUCGCACUUACGGAUGGUUCAGCAGCCCUAGCUCAUGUCAUUCAGAUUCAGAGUGACGAGGAUGAUAGCUGGCUUGAGGCCAUGGCUCAGGCCAUGGCUCAAGGCUUCGUGCAUCAUGAGCCUGAGCUUUGGGCUUUGCUGGGCCUUGAUGACGGCCCAAGAAGGCCCGGCUUUGGGACGGCUGGCCCUGGCUGGCUUACGGCUUUGGGCCGGGCCUGGCACAUCACUACCAGAGAAGGACGAAUAGCUGCUGCAUUCUUGUCUAUGCCUGCUGGGCGUAAACCACUCCCCAUCCACAACUGCUGA